CUCGGCCGCGUUGUUAGACGGCCAUCUUGGGACGGGCAGCGCGCGAACAACAAAGCCUGCGUCGCUGUCUUCAAGUCAUCUGCUGGUAUUUUUAACUAUUCCUUCGUCAGGGCUCGCUGUCCUGUGUGCCGGUUGGACGUAAGCGAGGAGCGGGGAGGAGUCUACGAACCUAGCGAAUCCUCCAGCUGAUUGGACGCCCAAUAGCAUCCGUGGAAACACAGAAGUGUCGUGGAUUUUUGUGGCAUCAAGAUGUAUGAUCCAGGAUGGCGCCGCCGGUGCCGAGGUGAGGCGGCGGGCGGCUCGCGUGGAGGCGGGCACAGCUGGCAGCGGCACGGGGCAAGGUCACGGGAGUGUGGCGGGCUGCCGGGAGGAGGGGAGGGCAGUCAUGUCCGCGGCGUGGCUGGCGCUGGUCGCGCUGACGGCGGUGCGCGCCUGGCCCCGGGACUCCGCCCUGCAGGACCUGGACGUGGCGCUGGGCAUCGGGCAGCCCGAGGACCCGCCCCGGGCCCAGCUGCCGUACCAGCGCCUGCAGCUGUCCAGGGACUCCGCCCCAGGGCUGUGGGCGCCCUCGCCGCUGGCCCAGGCCUCGCCGCUGCUCUCCAGGGACUCCGCCCCAGGGCUGUGGGCGCCCUCGCUGCUGGCCCAGGCCUCGCCGCUGCUCUCCAGGGACUCCGCCCCAGGGCUGUGGGCGCCCUCGCUGCUGGCCCAGGCCUCGCCGCUGCUCUCCAGGGACUCCGCCCCAGGGCUGUGGGCGCCCUCGCUGCUGGCCCAGGCCUCGCCGCUGCUCUCCAGGGACUCCGCCCCAGGGCUGUGGGCCCCCUCCCUGCUGGCCUCCAGGGACUCCGCCCCAGAGGGCGCCGCCCCUCGCCGGCAGGUGGACGUGGGCGUGUUCGCGGGGCAGGCGGGGCGCUACCUGGGGCAGCAGCUGGACCGGCGGGUGGGCGCCUUCAGACUGCGCAGUGACCGCGGCUACCAGGUGCUGAUGGACGUGCCGGCAGCUGCCUCGCUGCAGCCAGCAGAUGGCGUGCUGGUGAUGGAGGUGAAGGCAACUGUGUACCGCCCGGUGGCCUAGCCGUCUGCUGCGUCUGCUUCGCAACUACUCCAGUUGAACCCAAGCAGCCAUGUUCUCUUUGUGUAAUCAUGACGAGUGAUGAGCAGUGUUUACCUUACGAGGUUAAAACGUGAAAAUCUCACAACCAUUCUGUAACACUUUGUAAUUGUCUCAAUUAUGUGUGGUUACACGAAGAACUGGUAAUAAUAAAAGAUUGAUACGUUAGGUA